CAGAGGGUCUCGUCUCGGCCCCUCCCCCUCCUUCCCCGGCAACUGUGAGCAGCAGCGUCGACCGCAACAUGGCAGCGUCUUCAGCGCGGCGGCUACAGACCAAGCCUGUCAUCACCUGCUUCAAAACCUUCCUUAUUGUCUUCAGCUUUAUUUUCUGGUUUGCAGGUACUGUGCUUUUGGCAGUGGGUGUAUGGGGCAAAGUGAACUUGGAACACUAUCUGCCUUCAGUAGCUGAAAAAAGUACAAAUGUUCCCUAUGUGCUCAUUGGAACAGGUGCAGCCAUCAUCAUAUUUGGCUUCUUUGGAUGUUUUGCAACAUGUCGAGGUAGCACUUGGAUGUUAAAACUAUAUGCAAUGAUCCUGUCGCUACUGUUCUUGGCACAACUAGUAGCUGGAAUUUCUGGAUUUGUCUUUCGGCAUGAGAUUAAAACCAUUUUUAGGGAAACCUUUCAAGAUGCUGUACAUAAAUACAAUACAACAGAUUCCACAGUGGAUUACAUCCAGCAAAAUUUGCAUUGUUGUGGUGAUCAAAACUACACUAGUUGGAUUGACACUGUGUACUUCAAAAAAAAUGGAAUUCCAACUAGCUGCUGUAAAAAUGUCAGUGACUGUAAAGUUGAAGAUCUGAAAAACAUCACAAUUGCCGUAGACAAAGUCUUUAAAAAGGGAUGCAUCCAAUUGUUUGUUAACCUCAUGGAAACUAAUGUUGGAAUAAUCGCUGGUAUUGCUUUUGGAAUUGGUUUUUUCCAGUUGAUUGGAAUCAUGCUGGCCUGUUGUCUAUCCAGAUACAUCACAAACAACCAAUAUGAAAUGGUUUAAAGGAAUGUGAAUUAAGUAACUAUACAAUUCCAGACCAAAACCUCUACAGUUAAAGGAACCAAGCCAACAGACAUGUUCUCUCCAUGCAAAACUGAUUGUGUACAUGGUUUUGCAUGCUUAUGGUGUAACGUGCUGCAGUAAUAGUGUUUAAACUUUAUACAUAUAUCUCUUGAAGUUUAGAUGUAUAUGAGGCUGUACUGGUUAGUAAGAAAUGUAGGAAUCUGUUCAAUCAGAAAAGCCUCAUAGUUUAAUUGUCACUUACUACCUUGAGCUUUCUGUGCAUUGGAAAUUUUCUUGGCUUUUGAUUAAUGUAUGAUUAUUGUCUUAUCAAAAACAAAAUCUUUUGUCACGCAGACUGAAGGUUUUACAUAUUUUUACAAAAUUAAAGUUCAUCCUUUUGGAAUGAAUGGAAUACUAAUAGUAUUUUUCUACACUACUCGAUAGCAGCUGAUUUACAGAGACUAUGGCCUUUGAAAGAUGAAGCAAAUAUUUUGUUCUAAAAUUGUGAAUAAUUAUUUCUGAUUCUUCCUGUUUUGUUCACUUCCCACCCCUCCCCCACCCUAGUCACAUGCAGAAACCUAGGCAUGCAUAAGACUGCUUAAUUAGGACUGUCAUACAAAUUGGAAUCUAGCAAAAGUAUUUAAUUCACAGGCGUUUUUAUUAAUCACCCACAAAAGAACAUACAAGUGGUAAAUGUACUAUCUGUUUGUUCUUGAUUACAUCUUAUUCCAUUGAUACGGUUUUUUUUUAAAUUCUGAAAUGCACUUUGAGAAUAGUCUGGGCUGAUCACAAACAAAAUCUGAAUGCUUCAGCUGCUUUGUCACUUCAUCAGUGGAAAUGGCAGCAAAUUUGCAUCACCUUUAGUUAAAAGACUGUCGAAAGUAUGUGUUUCUAGAGUAUGAUUUUAAAGGUAAAGUGCUACAAUUGUCCUGCCCAUCUCUUCCCGAUUUAUGCAUCUUAACAGUUUAGUAAAGAUUUCCUACUUUGUUCACUAAUUCUUUCUCAUCUUGAGCACUGGACUAAACAGUAUAUACAGAGAAGAGCUCCAGUAUAAUCGAAAAUCUAAUACUUUUCAGUGUAUGUAGUAAGCCAUCUGAUUUUAAAAAUAAACUAAUUGUUGGAGCUAA